AUGUCGUCAGAGACGUAUAGACAGGGAAGUGAGGAGAAGGAGGAGAAGGAGGAAAGCCGCGUUGAGCCGAUCACCCUCCCGCUGCACCACGGUCGAAAAAACAGAGUGUUUCUCUUAUCAUACGACGAGAUACCAACAUGGUAUCAAGACAAUCCAUGGAUCCGCCGCGGAUAUCGCCCAGUGUCGAAUUCUGUAAAAUCAUGCCUUUGCAGCUGGGUUCGCUUGCACAAUGAGUUGGUCAAUAUACAUUCUCACUUGUUCGCUGCCGUGGCCUUCCUGUUGGCUGAGGCCUAUGUACUCGAACCGCUCCAUCGCAAAUAUUCAUACGUUUCCGGGGGUGAUUAUGCUGUCUUGGCAAUUUUCCUUCUCGCGGCAACUGUGUGCUUUAGCUUCUCGGCCGCCUAUCACACCUUGAUCAGUCACUCGCAAAAGGUUGAGACAAUAUGGCUUCGUCUGGAUUUUGUCGGCAUUAUUUUUCUCAUUGUGGGAUCUUUUAUCCCCGGCAUCUAUGCGGGUUUCUGGUGUGAGCAGUUUGAGAGAACCAUAUAUUUUGGCAUGACUGGCGGUCUUGGUGCUGUUUCCAUUAUUGUGAUGCUUCACCCAAAGUUCCAAGGGCUCAAAUGGAGAACAUUCCGUCUUCUAACCCUUGUUUGCACUGGUCUGUCGGGCAUUGCGCCUAUCGCUCAUGGAAUCUACAAGUUUGGGUUCCCACAAAUGGCACUUCAGUCUGGACUGCCAUAUUACUUGGUGGAAGGAGGACUGUUUCUUCUCGGCGCCGUCGUGUAUGCAACCAGAUUUCCAGAACGAAUGCACCCAGGAAAGUUCGACAUUUGGGGCUCAUCACAUCAAAUCUUUCAUGUACUCGUAGUUUUUGCUACAAUCGUACACCUGGUCGGCGUCCUUACAGCAUUCGAUUACAACUAUGAGAACCGACAAUGUGCAACUCAUGUCAACGGAUGA